UAUUUUAGCUUCCUUCAGGCGAGGUGAUUUACUUCACAGUUAGCUUUCUAAUGUAAAACAGCUUAUUUGUAUAAGACGUUUUGUACCAGAAACGAAUAGAAAUAUUUAGAUCUAUAGAAACGGUAAAUAGAAACAAACAAACUGUUUAUUAAAAAAAGCAAAGGGAACAGCUUAAGAAAUCAACCAUACUUUUAUAAAUUAAAGAAAUACAUUUGAUGUGCAUAAGUGACAAGACUGUAAUCUGAAGACACAAUACAUUUAUUUCUGAUGGCUUCAUCAAGAUACCUUGGUAGAGUUCCAAAAGCUGACACUUUUGUUAGAAGUAUAACGUUCCAUCACCAAGUGCUACCAGUAUUCAUCCCUAAGAUGUGUUUGCAGCAUUCUUUUUCUCAAGUUUCAAGAACUUCACUAUUUAACCAAAUUAUUCCAAGGAAUAGUGUUAGAUUUUUACAUCUCAGUUCUUGCCUGGCUGCUGGACACAGUAAAUGGCACAAUAUUAAACAUAUCAAAGCAGCCAAUGAUAGAAUUAAAGGUCAGAAGAGCAGCUUCUUAGCAAAAAAGCUGCAGAUCCUAUUCAUGAAAAAUUCAGAGAAAGAUCCAAAGUUGAAUUCCGAAUUAGCGAAUUUAAUCAAAUGGGCAAGAUCUAAUAAUAUUCCCAAUGAUGUGAUAGACAAUACAAUUGACAGGCAGAUCAAGCUUAGGGAUCCAAAAAAUCUUGUGGUAUUUGAAGGCAGAGGCUUUUCAAAUACAGGCAUAGUCAUUGAAUGUUUCUCACUUAAACCUCAUCAUACAAAAGGAAUAUUGCAAAGCAUUGUAAGGAAAUGUGGGUUCAACUUAAAUUCAUCUGCAUCAGACUUGUUUGAUUAUAAAGGUGUCAUUGAAGUUCCACUUUCUGAAGAGGAGAUUAAAAGCAUACCAUCUGAUAUAAGUUUGUUUCCCCUUGAUAAAUAUGUAGAUUUGGCAAUAGAAGCUGAGGCUGAAGAAGUUACAUUGCAAGUAGAUGAAGAAGGACCAUAUUUAAGGUUCUUGUGUGCACCUUUUGAUCUUGAUAAAGUCAGCAAAAACGUACAAAACCUGGGACUCAAUAUUGUUAGUAGUGAAAGAUGCUAUUUGCCCAAAGUUUCAGUUCCUGUAUCACAAGAGUUUUUAGAUAGUUUGGAUAAAUUAAUAGAAAAAUUAGACCUAAAUCCAGAUGUUGUCAACUAUUAUUUUAAUGUUGAAUUGGAGAAAUUAACUGGACAACAAUAAGAAAAGUCACUAUGAAUUGUGUAUAAUUGUUUUAAAACUAUUUUCUUGCUGAUAUUUAAAAUUAACUGUUUUUUAAUGUCUAAUUCUUUAAUGUUUGAACAAAACAUUAGAUAUAUAAAUAAAAAUUCAGAAAAAGACA